AGAAAUGUGUGGUUGGUGUUCCAAGCUGUUUAAAUAAAGUUUUUUGAUAUGAACAAAACAAACAUGGCCGCGCCCAUUCAGCGCUGCGGUUAGUUAUUUAACGUAAUGAAUCAAUGUGACGUUUUCCAGAAUUGAAGAUGAGUCGAUCGACUAGUCUCCUCCAGCAGAUGACUAUAUUUGUCACUGUGGUGAGCGGUGGAGGCUGUGCUAUGAUGUAUUAUCUCAUGCAGAAAAAUUUUGCUAAAUCCGAGUACUACCGUCUGGCCCUUCAAGAGUUAAAUAAUAACUCUACAGCCAUGGCCAGCCUGGGUGCACCUCCUUUAAAGAUCCACAACAUCCAUUUAUCUGACAGACACAACCGCAUGGACCACACCAGUGCUCAGUUAAAGAUUCCAGUUACCGGCUCAAAGACUGGAGGUUAUCUCUACACAACAUCCAGCAGAGACACUCUCAUGAACAGAUGGCAUCUCGAGCAAGUGUUUUUGAAGCUUAGGGAUGGAGAAACCAUUAAGAUUUUCAACAAGACAGAAUCUCAAGAGUAACAUCAUGCAGAAGAUCUGUCCCAUAAAUGUGUUUAUGUCAGACAUGUCUGUGAUUAUUGCAUGUAGUAAAUUUAGCUAAUUUAAAAGUUUGUUUAUGAAUAUACUGUAUGAAAGUUAUAUCGUAUUGUUUUGUGGAUCAUUAAAUACAGUGAUGUAAAUUACAACAUUGUAUUGUAUGCAUUUUUAUUUUUAUAUCAUUAUUAUGUUAUUUCUUUGUUUUUAAUCUGUACUGUUUUAUUAUUACAACCUAAACAGUUUAUAAUAAAUUAUUCAUGCAGUGUU